AUGUCUUUAUUUUUGUUUCUUUUCGUGAGCCUUUUCCUUUUUGAUAGUUUUCAUCUAUACUUCCUGAAGAAAGACUAUAGGCGUAAUGAAGGAGUCAUUCUCUUUACAUUUUCUCCGAUUAACCUCCACCCUCUCAUUUCUCCUCUUUCACGUCAUUUUCUUUCUUUCUUUCUUCCCUCCUCUCUCCUACAAUUUCACUCCAUUUUCUCCACUCUAUUUUCUCUUCUAUCACCUCGUUUCCUCUCCUUCUUCUAUUUUAUUUUCUCUCACAUCACUAUCUCUCCUCCCUCCCUUUUCACUUCUCUCACCUCAUUUCCUUUCCCCCUCUCUUUUCUCACACCACUUUCUCUCUUCCCUCCUUUUUCACUUCUCUCACCUCAUUUCCUUUCCCCCUCUCUUUUCUCACACCACUUUCUCUCCUCCCUCCUUUUUCACUUCCCUCACCUCAUUUCCUUUCCCCCUCUCUUUUCUCACAUCACUUUCUCUACUCCCUCCCUUUUCACUUUUCUCACCUCAUUUUCUUUUCCCCCUCUCUUUUCUAUCAUAACUUUCUCUCCUCCCUCCCUUUUCUCUUUUCUCACCUCAUUUUCUUUCCCCCCUCUUUUCUAUCAUAUUUCUCUUCCCUCCUUUUCUCUUUUCUCACCUUUUUCUCCCUUCUUUUUCCCUUUUAUCAUCUCUUUUUCCUCUUGUCUCUCCUCACUUUUUCCUCUUCACUAUUUUUUCUUUUCUAACACGUCACGUUCCAUCUUUCCACUAUUUUCACCUUUCUUCUCGCUCUUUCUCUCCUCUCUUCUUUUUCUCUUCCUUAUCCUCGCUUUUUGUUUUCUCUCUUUACUCUCUGUUCCCUCACUGUCAUCCCUCCCUUUAUAUCUUCUCACAAUCUUUACAGCCCUCGUUCUUUUCUUCCUCCUACUUUUUCUCCUUUCUUCUCAAUUCACACAUUCUCAUUUAUCUUCUUAUGUUUAG